AUGCGUUCCAACACUCUUUUCAGCCUAGCUGCUCUUGGUGCAGUCGUCUCUGGCUACGAUUUGCCUGAUAACCUGCGCAAGAUCUACGACAACCACAAGCCAGGAAGCUGCAAGUCUGCCCUUUCUGGAAAGUCGUCCACUAAUGCCGUUUUCUGUGGUGAUAUUCCCAAUGCCAUCUUUCUCAAGAGCCCCAACGGCUAUGAUAACAUGGAUGUCGACUGCGACGGCGCCGACGACAAGGCUGGCGACUGCUCUAACGACCCUUCUGGGUACGGCGCCACGGCAUUCAAGGACACUGUGAGCCAGUAUGGCAUCAAGGACCUCAAUGCCAACAUUCACCCAUAUGUGGUAUUUAACGAGCCCCCUUUCUUUGAUGCGCAGAAGCACGGUAUGAAGCCGCUCUCGGUCAUGGCUGUCGUCUGCAACAACCAGCUUUGGUACGGUAUCUGGGGUGAUACCAACCAGGAGCCCACCACUGGCGAGGCGUCCAUCUCCCUCGCGAAGCUGUGCUUCCCCAAGGAAGGCCUCAACGGCGACAAGGGCCACGGCCCCAACGACGUCUUGUACAUUGGCUUCACUGGAGACGGAGCCGUUCCUGGCAAGAAUGGCGCCAAAUGGAAGGCCUCCAACACCAAAGAGUUUGAGGACAGCAUCAAGGCGCUCGGUGAUAAGCUUGUUGCUGGCCUACCUAAGCAGAAGUAG